UUCUUUUAGUUAGCGUUGUUAUAACAAGAUUUACGCACUUAUCUAAAAUUGUCAUGCGUCGUAAUGCCAUUUUCUCCUCUUGAACUACUUAAUGACGAGAAUCUUGAACGUUUUUCAAAAGAUGUUGCUAAAGCUAACGAGGAAGUUUUAGAAAGCCGGGGAAAACACGGUGGAGAUGAGAAGUCUUCAGUAGAGGUUACACUUACUAAAAUUUUAUCUGAAGAUAUUCACAAUGGCUGUCAAACAACAUUUGAUCACAAUACAAGUGAUCAGUUUGGUGCAGAGAUUCAGGAAAUCAGUUUAAGUCAUGUGGAGAAUAUUGCAAAGUCUAGAAGGGAAGUAUUGCCCAAAAAUUCUUCGAACUCAAACUGGAGACCUGUUCCAGACAAAUGGGAAUUAGAAACCAUUUAUAUACCCCAGGAUGAAAUAAAAAUAUCUGAAAGUACACAAUCUGUUAGUGAUCAACAUUCCUACCAGGAGUAUUCUAAAAUUGAUAUUGAAAAUAAAAGAUCGGUUGAAGAGAAACACGAAUCCAAUGAAAAUUCACUUCAAAGUAAUAACCUACCGUCCAGUUUAACGCCUACAAGUGUAAAUAAUUUGAAAGAUAUUGCCCCGGAUGAAAGUAAUGCAAAUGAUACAGCGGCGUAUAUUGAAUUUACAGAAAGUGAAAAAGACGCGUCUAGAGAAAUUCUAGAAAAUGAUAUUGUUGUAAAGCCUGUUGCUCGAAGUCGGAAACAUAUUCCUAAUGUCAAUCAACAAAAUACUUGUGAUAUCUCUCUAAGUAGUCAGCAAGCUGACCAUUCCAUCAUCAAUAUACCAAUCUUGACAUCUAAAGAACAACAAAACCUCCUUCGUAAUACUAAUACUGAUGAUAAUAAAAAUAAAAAUAUUCCUGAUAUUAUAAUCAAGACAGUCAGUCAAAACUCAAUGAUGAAACGAUCAAAAAGUUCAUGUUCUAUUUCAAAUCAAAAAGCUUUUCAUAAAAAUACAAUCAAUAGACCAUUACAUAAAGGUGAUGAAUUCACAGUAUUGAAUGCCAAUAUUCUACGUGAUCUUGCCUAUUCUUCAUGGUGUAAUCGACUAACUAAAAGUGCACGUGUUGAACGUUUAUCAAGUCUACGUAAUGAAAUUGAUGAGACAAAAAAAGAAAAAGAGAAACUGGAAAGAAUGAAAUCCAAUGAAAUCUCUUUUCAAACAUGGAAACAAAAUAAGCGUCAAAUUUUACUGGAUACUAUAAAAAAACGUAAAGCUGAAGAAUUAGCACAGAAAAAGAAACUUGAAGAAGAAAGAGAACGUAAACUUAACUCACAAAAGGCAUUUGAAAUAUGGAAAGCACGUAAAGAUGAAUUAAUCAUAAAACAACAACGUGAACUUUCAACUAAACGAAAACAAGAGAAGGAAACAAAAGAAACUGAACAAAAUGAAAAACAAUAUUUAUGUCAAAAAGCAUUUGAAGAUUGGAAGUCUAAAAAAGACACUAUUCUACAACAAAGUUUGAAACAUCAACGAAAAUGUCUAACAGAAAAAGAAAAACAACAAGAAGAAUUGAACCGUAGAAAAUUGGAACAAGCUGCUGAAGCUUAUUAUCAAUGGGAAUUAAAAAAGGUCGCGUCAUUGGAGAAUCUGGCUAUAAGCAUUAAUCACUCAAAUAAACCAAAUAAAAGACCAUGGAGACCACCAUCAAAAAUUAUUUCACCAAUAAACUCAUCAUAUCGAAUGUAUUAAAUAGAAGAAAACGAAAAAGUAAAAUUGUCUAACAGUUAAGUUUCUUUUUUUCUCUUGUACUUAUGAAUAUUAGUCAUCAGUGUUUAGGAAACAAGUUACCAUCUUUUUAUUCGCAUUUGUUUUAUUGUUUAAAUUCAUGUUAUAUCCUGUUUGCGCUUUAUUUGAAAUUAACUUCAUAAAUUUUAUUAUUCCAUAUAACUUCAAAUAGUAUUCAACUUUAUCCUUUUCUGUAAGUAUUAUCUUCUAUGAAACUUUAACAACAUCGAGUAUCCGCAUGCACAUAUAAUAUUCAGAAACUUACUGUUGAUGUAUUUCUUUUUCUCAAAAAUUGUUUUAAUCGAAUGGAAAUUUAAUAAAUUCAAGGUUCAAUGUAUACAUUUCAAUGUCUCAAUGACUUGGUUGAUUUCGUAACAAACGAACAUCGCUAUUUAUUUAUUUGUUCAUUUAAUUUUGGUGGAGUACUCCUUCUUUUUUUCUUGACCUUUGGCAUGCACACAUACCUCACGUAUAAAUAUACGCACACACACACACACAAGUGUACACACUAACAAAACAAGUACCGAUGGUGACAUUAUCAUUAUGUAAAUAAAUAUAA